AACUGCAGGUGCAAAACCAAACAUUUCGCUGUUCUAGUGCAUUAUUAUACCAUAUGAGUUUUUCUAUUUUCUAUAAAAUCAUCUGUGACCACAAAUGUCACGUACGGUUUCCGUUUAAGUUUUUUUUAAAUAAAUUCCUAGGACAUGAUGCGCGUGACAGACAUUGCUCUCGUUCUGAGUUUCGCCUGUAUUUUGCAACAAUUCGUUCAGGUGAACAGCCUGAGAGAUAGAGGGAGGAGAGCACAGACAGAUGGGAAGGGGAGGAGAAGAGGUCAACGGAAUGAAAAUGGUCUAAAAGGGAGAUUCUCACAGAAGGAUGGAGCGCGGUGCUCGUGGCUCGCUGCGCGCGAGCGUGAUGCUUUUGUAUUGGGAGUCACCUGCAAAAAGGGGGCAAAGAGUUUCGGCUGCGAAUAUGUAGCAGAGCCCACCGCAUGUCAGCAAUACGCAUCCAAUGCCAUAGCCUACUGGAAACAGAUCGCCCGCUCGCUGAAAAAGCAGAAGAGAUUGUGUCGCGACUCUACAGCGAUGGUUAAAGCAGGUAUGUGCAGGAGCGCGCCCGCGGAUGCGCACUUCAGACUGAAGGACAGGCGUCCCUCUUCCAGAGUCCCGUUACCGUCGCCCGCGGGGAACACUCACUGUCCUGACCGGAUCGAGAGACUGAAAGUGGCCGAGGAAUACUGCAGCAGCUCCUGGUCUUCACUGUGUACAUUUCUCUUCUUGAUGCUUGAGAAUGAUGAAUGUUCAUGAUUGACAUGAAAAAUUAUUUUAU